UUGCCGUCUGAAAAUUUGCCAUCUUCGGAUGAUAAGAACAAAGUAUGAACCGAGAAGCUCUUGUGGCUUACCAAGACGUUAAGAUUGUUAAGUGAAGAAAAUUUUAAACCAACAUUUUGCAGAAACCGUAGGUCAGAUAAAGAUAUCCUUUUUCAAAUGAACUAGUUUAAACUAAAAUUAACUAUAAUACCUACAAAGGCUUUCAUUCGAUGAAUACAUUAAACAUUAAUAUAUAAACGUUUAGUAUAUUUACCUGCUCCACCAUUAUAUGAAUAAUAUUUCGGUGAUUUUUAGGUACGCUUCGAUGCUUGCCACUCUCUGUCAACCAAUUUGAUUUGGAGCUUUUCCAUUGCUAUGUGUAAAGCCAUCAAUUAUACGGCAAUUUUGUACAUAUCUACAGUAUAGUAUUAAGUAUCUAGGUUCGAAGUCAGUAGAUAGAUACGUUGUGAUAAUGCGUAUACUAUGAACUUUUUAUAAUAGAGACGGCUAUAAAAAUUGUAGACUAAUAGAUGACGCCGUUGAAAUCUGUAUAAUAAUAGAAAUUAAUUCUUUUACACCAUUAUCCGGUAAAAAAAUAUUUUGUCGCUGGUUUUCUUUAAGAUCUGAUAAAUGUAAAAAUAAUAUGUGCACAACGAAAGGAGUUUCAAAAGAAAAUUUAAAUAAACUAGAGACGAGUUCGACGCAAUGUUCAUUUUCAAUUUAUAGACCAACAGGCAGAAACGCUCGUAUGAUGAUAAAAAAACCUGAUUUAUCUAUUUUUUCUUUGCUAAAAAAUUUUAGAAUAUCGUCAUAGACAACGUCGACCAUUGAGUGAAACUGCUCCAUUAUUUAUAGCCACUUUAUCAAAAGGAAAACAAAUGAAUUUGAAUAAAACAAUAUAGAAUGAUGAUCGCAUACAUUCAUAUCUGUAUUGUGUAGUUACAAUAUUUAAUAAGAUGAUCGAGACUUUUAAAAAAACUAUAGUUGAGUUACAGCGGCAAAGUUUUUCUUUCUUUCUACCUGUUUCUUUGUUAAACUUUUUCAAGGUUCUGCUUAUUCACGUUUUCACUUUACAUUGUCAUAUAUAUUCUUGUUGGAAAAAAAUAUGUAUUUUUUUGCUUUUCGUUCUCUUGCUGGUUGGUAUCUGACAACUUCAGAACGUAAGAGAUUUCCCUAAGAGAUUGUACGUAAGAAAUUGUACUUCGACGUAAGAGAUUGAGUGAAACUGCUCCAUUAUUUUCAGAAUUUCAUACACGGCUUUUUUACAGAGUUCAAAUAGACGAUGGAUGUAUAGUAGCUGAAGGAAUAUCGGUACCAUUAAGAGACAGAAGGAAGUAAACUGAAUGAGUUCAAAGCAACAUUAGUUUAUAAAUAUGAGAGUUCUGAGGUGGUAUGAAUACUUUUUAAAGAGAUAUUCCAUCAAAUUCCUGAUAACAAGUUAUUUCAAUCAAAAAAUGAAUUGAUUGCUGGAGAAAUUCUUCGUUUAUGUACAAAGGAUAAACUGCGAUUACCAACCGAAUUUGAUGAUACUACGGCGACGUAUGUAGUUGACUUUAGUUUCGAAACAUCAACAGAUGGUAUUCCAAAUUUUGGUGAUAAUGAACAACAAUCCGUAGUCGCUAACAGAGAUGACGACUUUCACGUAAAUUGUUUAUCAAUUUUCUUUUUUGGUCAGAUCUUUUGAAAACACGCAAGUGAUUGGUUCUUCUUUAGACUCGCGUUACAUUCAUUGUUCUUUCGUGGCUUGAACAUAAUAGUAAAUCAUGUUACAUUCGACUUAGAUUGCGCGAUUCGAAUGAUUUUAACGCAAGCAAUGCUACACUGACAGAUCAUCCAU